UCUUAGCUAGAGAUUCUGGGAGUCUCUCAAACAUGUCUUUAGAAUUUGCCUUGUCUAAAAUUAUCUGUUUAGUUUAUAGUUAAAGGAGUUCAUUCAUGUUUCUUUCUUCUUUUUCUUUUUUUUUUCUUUUGAGACAGUUUCUCUUUUGUCACCGAGACUGGAGUGCAGUGGCAUGGUAUUAAGUCACUGCAGCAUCUGCCUCCCAGGUUCAAGUAAUUCUCCUGUCUCAGAUUCUCACAUAGCUGGGAUUACAGGCAUGCAUCUCCAUGCUCAGCUAAUUUGUAUUUUUAGUAGAGGCAGGGUUUUGCCAUGUUGCCCAGGCUGGUCUCAAGCUCCUGACCUCAUGGGAUCCACCCACCUUGGCCUCUCAAACUGCUAGGAUUGCAGGUGUAUGUUCUUAUUUUGCCCAAGAACGUUGGCCAAAGCAGGGCAUAAAAAGUUGUUUCCAAAAAAUGAUACUGAGAAGAUAUAAACAAUGUAAACAUAAAAAUUUCCAGUUAAGAAAAUGUUGUCAAAGCAUGGAUGAGUGUAAGGUGCUCAAAGAAUGUUACAAUGGACUUAACCAGUGUUUGACGACUACCCAGAGCAAAAUACUUCAAUGCAAAAAAUUUGUGAGAGUCUUUCAAAACUUUUCAUAUUCAAACAGACAUAAGAUAAGACAAACUAGAAAGAAACCUUUUAAAUGUAGAGAAUGUGAAAAGACAUUUUGCACGUUUUCACACUUAGUGCAACAUAAAAGAAUUCAUAGUGGGGAAAGAUCCCACAAACGGAAAGAAUGUGGCAAAGCAUAUAAUGAGACCUCAAAUCUUUCUACCUAUAAAAGAAUUCAUACUGUAAAGAAACCUUACAAAUGUGAAGAAUGUGGAAAAACCUUUAACAGGUUCUCACACCUUACUACACAUAAGAGAAUUCAUACUGGAGAGAUACUCUACAAAUGUGAAGACUGUGGCAAAGCUUUUAGCCAGGCCUCACAUCUUACUAAACAUAAGAUAAUUCAUUCUGAAAAGAAUCCCUACAAAUGUGAAAAAAGUGGAAAAGCCAUUAAGUGGUUCUCACACCUUACUACACAAAAGAGAAUUCAUACUGGAGAGAAACGCUGCAAAUGUGAGGAACAUGGCAAAUCUUUUAGCUUGUCCUCAACCCGUACUACACAUAAGAAAAUUCAUUCUGGAGAGAAACCCUACAAAUGUGAGAAAUGUAAAAAAGCCUUUAACCGGUUCUCACACCUUACUACACAUAAGAGAAAUCAUACUGGAGAGAUAGCCAACAAAUGUGAAGAAUGUGGCAAAGCUUUUAGCCAGUACUCCUAUCUGAAUAUACAUAAGAGAAUUCAUACUGGAGAGAAACCCUACAAAUGUGAGGAGUGUGGCAAAUCUUUUAGCUGGUCUUCAACCCUUACUAGACAUAAGAAAAUUCAUACUGGAGAAAAACCUUACAAAUGUGAAGAAUGUGGCAAAUCUUUUACGUGGUCCUCAACCCUUACUACACAUAAGAAAAAACAUACUGGAGAGAAACCCUACAGAUGUGAAGAAUGUGGCAAAGCAUUUAUGUUGUCCUCAACCCUAACUAAACAUAAGAGGAUGCACACUAGAGAGAAACCCUACAAAUGUGAAGAAUGUGGCAAAGCUUUUAGCCAGUCCUCAACCCUUACUACACAUAACAGAAUUCAUACUGGAGAGAAACCCUAUAAAUGUGAAGAAUGUGGCAAAGCUUUUAACCACUCCAGAACCCUUAUUAUACAUAACAGAAUUCAUACUGGAGAGAAACCUUACAAAUGUGAAGACUGUGGCAAAGCUUUUAUCCAGUCUUCAAUCCUUAUGACACAUAAGAUAAUUCAUACUGGAGAGAAAGCCUACAAAUGUGAAGAAUGUGGCAAAGGGUUUAUCUGGUUCUCACACCUUACUGCACAUAAGAGGAUUCAUACUGGAGAGAAGCCCUACAAAUGUAAAGACUGUGGCAAAGAUUUUAAAGUAUCCUCACACCUUACUAGACAUAAGAGAAUUCAUACUGGAGAGAAACCCUACAAAUGUGAGGGAUGUGGCAAAGCUUUUAACCAAUCUGCAACACUUACUACACAUAAAAAAAUUCAUACUAGAGAGAAAGCCUACAAAUAUGAAGAAUGUGGAAUAGUCUUUAACCAGUCCUCAAACCUUACAAUUUGUAUGAUAAUUCUUAAUGGAGAGAAACCAUAAAGUGUGAAGAAUGUGGUAAAGCCUUAAAUUAAUCCUCAAUUCUUAACAGAAAUAAGAUGAUUUAUACUGGAGAGAAAGUCUACAAACCCAAAAGUUGUAACAAUGCUAGAAAUAGAAAUUCCAUUUGACCCAGCAAUCCCAUUACUGGGUAUAUAUCCAAAGGACUAUAAAUCGUUCUACUAUAAGGACACAUGCACACGAAUGUUCCUUGCAGCACUGUUUACAAUAGCAAAGACCUGGAACCAACCCAAAUGCCCAUCGACGAUAGACUGGACAGGGAAAACGUGGCACAUAUACACCAUGGAAUAUUAUGCAGCCAUCAAAAACGAUGAGUUCGUGUCCUUUGUAGGGACAUGGAGGAACCUGGAAACCAUCAUUCUCAGCAAACUGACACAAGAACAGAAAAUCAAACACCACAUGUUCUCACUCAUAGGUGGGUGUUGAACAAUGAGAACACAUGAACACAGGGAGGGGCGCAUCACACACUGGGGUCUGUCGGGGGGAAAUAGGGAAUCGCCAGUGGGGGGUGCGGAGUUGGGGAGAGAGAGCAUGGGGAGAAGUGCCAGAUAUAGGUGAAGGGGAGGAAGGCAGCAAAUCACGCUGCCGUGUGUGUACCUAUGCAACAGUCUUGCAUGUUCUUCACAUGUACCCCAAAACCUAAAAUGCAAUAAAAAAGCACCUCAAACAUUUUCAAAUAUUAAAGAUAUUGUGCUGGUGAUAAAUCAUAGAAAUAUGAAUAAUGUGAGGAAGUCUUUAAAUGGUUGACACACUUGAUUGUAGGUGAGGUGGUUCAUACUAGAGAAAACUUCUACAAGUAUGAACGAUGUGGCAAAACUUUUAAACCAUGCUCACACCUUCUUGCACAGGAAAGCAUUUAUACUUGAGAAAAACUGUACAAAUAGUAGAAAAGUGGUUAAUAUCUGCUCACAAUCUUACUCUACAUCAGAGUUUAUCCUUAAUAAAAGCAUUAAAAAUGCAGGUUUCUCAAAAGGUUCUUCAGAAAAUAUAAGCCUUUAAAGUGCUGAAGAGGAUUUAUUUGGAAGACAAACAGGACAAACAUAAAGAGAGCUGUAGCACAUUUACUUGCAACACAGAUCUCGUCCUCAUUUUAUAUUAGAGGCAAACUCUGACCCAACUGCUUAAACUUUGUUCAACAUCAGAAAAUGUAUGUAGAAGAAAAACCUUGCAAAUGGAAUAAAUUUGGGGAAAAAAAUUACAGCUUAGAAAACUUCAGAGAGUCAUAAAAAUAUAUAUAAAUAAAAAUAAAACAAGAGAGUUUAUAUUAAAUAUAUUUUUGCAGAUAUAGUAAAUAGAAAAUAAUUCAAAAUUAAGUUAUGUAAAUAUCAGAAUUUACAUUAGACAUGCAUAAGGCACUGACACUUCAGACUUUAAAUCAGAGUUCUGAGGUCAGAAAAUAUAACAAGUUGGUAGAAAAAUUAUUCGUAUGUAGCAAUGUUGUUACUAAUUAUCAAAUUACUUCAUACAGAUAAUCUUACAAUUAACUCAAAUUACUUCAUGGAAAAAAAUUAGUUCCUUUUUAUCUUUUGAGAUGAAGUCUUGCUUUGUCUCCCAGGCUGGAGUGCAGUGGCACAAUCUCAGCUCACUGCAACGUCUACCUCCUGGGUUCAAGUGAUUUUCCUGCCUCAGUUAAGUAGCUGGGAUUACAGGCACAUACCACUAUGUCAGGCUAUGUUUUAUAUUUUUAGUAGAAGUGGGGUUUGGACAUGUUGGCCAGGCUGGUCUCAAACUUGAGACCUCAGGUCUUCCACCCAGCUCAACCUUCCAAAGUACAGGGAUUACAGGUGUUAGCCACUGUGCUCAGUCCAUCAUGUUUCUUUAUUACUAUUGUGUUUGUACAUGAAAGCAUGUGACCAAUUGUUGCUGUAUCAAGACAGAAGAGAUACUUUUUAGUAGGUGAACUUCUAUGACCUCUUACGAAAGAGUAAGGACAUUAAAAUGUAACACACAUGAUGAAAAUCUAAAAAGGUUCUUUGUGGUUAACUUACAAUAGUGAGUGAUGCCUGAGGUAGGUGUCCAGAGUAAUAUUCUUCUGCAUUAUAUUGAGAGACAAAUAUUGUUAGUUUUAGUUAAAUUGUCUUUGCCCGGUGGCCCAGACCCAUAAUCCCAGCACUUUGGGAGACCAAGACUUGUGGAUCACAAGGUCAGGAGUUUGAGACCAGCCUGGCCAAUGUGGUAAAACCCAAUCUCUACUAAAAAUACAAAAAUGAGCUGUGCUUGGUGGUGCACACCUGUAGUUCAUUCAGCUACUCGGGAGACUGAGGCAGAAGAACCACUUCAAGGAGGCGAAGCUUACCAAUGAGCUGAGAUUGUGCAACUGCACUCCAGCCUAGGUGAUACAGUGAGACGCUGUCUCAAAAAUAAAUAAAAUAAAAUUAGCAUAUUAUUUUACCGAUUUUACUUUUAUGAAACUAAAUGCAGUACAUGCUAAAAAUUUUAGAUUAGGUGUGAAUUUCUUAAUUCAACGUUUUUCACAUUUUAAAUAUUGCACAUUCAAUUACAUCUU